AUGGGACUUUUGGAACUCAUAGUUCAAAAACAUCACCUUCUACACUACACAAAAGACUUCCUCAUAAUCAUACUCUAUCAUCUCCAACUACUUAUCAGUAAAGCAUAUAGUUCCUUUAAACGUCAUGAAACCGCCGGUUCUGAUCUACCAGAGCCUACGACUUUCCAUGAACAUCCUUCUUCUUACUUGUUGCCGGUCCCAGUAGUCUAUCCUAGAUCAGUUGAGUCCGUGGUUAAGCAUCUUCCUGCAGUGACAUAUCGUGUGUUCCUUGAGAAAAGUGGCAAGCUUAAUGAAGAGGAAGAAGAAGAAGAGUGUGUUUGCAUAGUUUGCAUGAAUUGCAUAGAGAGAAACCAUGAAGUUAGAGUGCCUUCUGUUUGUUGUCAUGUGUUUCACAAAGAGUGCUUAGAUGGCUGGAUUGGUCAAGGCCAAGGAAUUACAUGUCCUAUUUGUAGAUCAAACUUGUUACAUGAACAGGAUCAAGAAGAUCAGGAGCUAAAAGGAUCAUUUCACGUGGAGGAUCCAUGGAGAGUGGAGAGGAUGCUUUACCUGUUUGGAGAUGAUUUUCUCAUGGGUCAUUAA